AUGAAAUGCAAUUCACACCAGAACGAUAAUAUAUACAAUGAUAUAAUAAAAUUAAAAUAUAAUAAAAACUAUUCUAAUUAUAUCUACCAAAAUGUUCAGUCUAAUAAAUUUUUCAUAAGUAGAUUGAAAAAUACUAUGACCUUAAAUGGUCAUGUAUCACAGGUUAAUAGACUCAAAUGGAAUGAUGAUAAUCAUUUAUUGGCUUCAUGUGGAAGUGACAAAAAAGUUUUAAUAUGGGAUAUAAAUUCGUAUAACUAUAAUCCUAAGCCAAAAUUCACAGUGAACACUAAUCAUGCAAGCAGUAUUUUGGGAUUAUCAUUUAUUGAUGAUGAUUUUGUUGUAACAAGUUCUAUGGAUGAACAAGUUCACGUUUAUAAUAUUCACAAUAAUUCAUAUAAGGUUAUUCAUAAUUGUCAUACAGGAAGUGUAAGAAAUGUUGCUACAAUUCCAAGGGAAAAUAAAAAUAUAUUUUGGUCUUGUUCAGACGAUGGCACUGUAAGACAGUAUGACACAAGAGAGAAGCAUAUAUGUGAACGUCCAUAUUGUCGAAAUGUUAUAAUAAAUUUGAAUAGAAUUGGAGAAAGAAAUAUUUUACGAAAAAAUCCUCAAGAAAUUUUUCACAAUAGAGUAAAAUUUCACAGUCAUUCCACGAAAAAUAUAUAUGAACUCAUAAGAGCAAUGAAUGAACAAAAGUUUUUUAAUGUGAAGUUUUCUUUAGAAGCUAAAUGCAUAGCUAUAAAUCCAAUUUUUAACAACUACAUUGGAUUAUGCUCUAACGAUAUGCUAUCGAGAGUUUAUGACAGAAGAAUGCUAGGAAAGUUUUCAUUAAACGAAAAGAUGACUUUAAGGAGUUGUAUUCCUUCAGAUACCUAUUAUCCAAAACAUCUAUGGAAUUACAUUGAUGAAGAAAGCGAUUUUAGGAUAAACAAUCAUCUUUUUUAUUGUACCUGUUUAGGUUGGUCUAAUGAUGGUAAAUAUUUAGGAGUGACAUAUAAUACAGAACAUGUAUAUUUAUAUGAUUUUUUAAAUAAAGAAGAAGAAAGAAGUUUAAAUUAUAACAUUAUAGAUAAUGAUACUAAAUUCGACUAUGACAAAAGUUUUGAUAUAUUAUUUCCACCAUAUUAUGAUAAAGAUAGGAUUAAAGACAAUUAUGAUUAUAUUAAUGAUCUAUCAUUAAUAAAAGAUAUUGAAAAGUCAGCUAUAUCAGCUUAUGAUAAUAAAGAAUAUUUUAAAGCAGAAUAUUUAUAUAACAAUUGUUUAAAUUUGGUAAGAAAUAAAAAUAUUAGAAAAAUUUUAUAUUGUAAUUUAGCUAUGGUUUUAAUACAAAGAAAAGCUAGAAAUGAUGGUUAUUUAGCUGAACAAUAUGCAUUAGAAGCUUUAAAAUUAGAUCCAAAUUAUUACAAAGCUGUAUAUAGAAGAAUUCAAGCAAAUCUUAUUAAUAAUAGAUUAAUUAAUGCGUACAGGAUUACAUUAGCAGCUUGUUCACAUUUUAAAGGUGUUUUAGAAUUUAUUUACUUAAGAAAAAAAAUUAGAAAAACAUUAUAUUUUAUUUAUAAAGAUAAAAUAUAUUACUAUAAGAAGAAACAAAGUAAGUACAUUAAUUAUUUAAAACAUCAAUAUCGUUAUCUGGAAAAAAAUAUAAAUAAUCAAAUUCGACAUAAAGACGAAGAAGAAAACAUACAAGAUAACUAUCUUGAAAAUUUCGAUAUAAGUGAUAUUACUAUUUGUAGUUAUGAUAGUAUAUGUACUGAUGAUAGUGGUUUUACGGAUAAUAGUGAUUUUACGGAUAAUAGUGGUUUUACGAAUGACCCUUAUGGAAGAGAUUACUUAGACUGUUCAGAUAAAACUAGAAAGAUGAGCACUUUAGGAAAAAAGGAAAUAAAACAAAGAGAGAAAAAAGGGAACAUGGAAAGUAAAAAUGUGGAGAGUGUAAAUGAGGAGAGUGUAAAUAUAGAUAGUGUAAAUAUAGAGAGUACAAAUAUGGAGAGUGUAAAUAUAGAGAGUGUAAAUAUAGAGAGUACAAAUAUGGAGAGUGUAAAUAUGGAGAGCGUAAACAUAGAGAGUAUAAACAUAGAAAGCGAAAACAUAGAGAGUGUAAAUAUAGAGAGCGCAAAUAUAAUAAAUGAUAAAAGAAGAUAUAAUAAUUCCCAAAAUAGUAACCUUCUAAAUAUUGAGAAUGAUAGAAGUGAAACCCCUCUUAAAGAAAUGAAAGAAGAUAAAAUGUUAGAAAAAAAAAGAAAGGAAGAGUCAAAUAUGAUUAUGAAAAAAUAUAUAGAAAAUUAUGAGAGUUGUGAUGAUAAUGAUAUUUAUGAUAAGGUAGUGCGUCUAAGUGAUAUAAAAAAAAUAAGAAAAUAUAAAAAAAAAAAAAGGAGAUUAAGAAAAGCAUCAUCAUUAAUAAGUACCAAAAAAUAUACAAAUAUAAUUGAUAUUAUUGCUUCAGAAGAAUUAUAUAGUAUGCCAAAUUCUUAUCCUUUUUUCUUAAUAUAUUAUGUAAGUUUCUGUUAUAGAAAUUCUAUAAACGCAUGGAAUGGAUGGCCAUCUUUUAAUGAUUUAUAUAAAACCUACAAUAUAUACAAUAAAAUAUUGAACGAAAAAAAACAAAAAGAUAAGAAAGGAAAAAAUAACAACAGUAUUCAAAGAAUUAAUUGUAACUACGAAUAUAUUUUAAAACACAAAGAAGCACAAAAUAUAUCUAAUUUUAAUAAAAAAUAUAAAAAGAACAUAUUAACAAAUAAUAACUCAACAAAAUUUAUUAAGAAUAAUAUGUUAAUGGAUACUUCCAAAAUAAAAGAAAUUCAUGAAUUAUCUAAACCUGAUAUAUAUGCAGAUUAUAAAGAAAUUAAAAAAAAUAAGAAAGAUGUUCUUUUAAACAAUAGUAAUGAUCAUAAUAUAGAAUAUAUUGCUCGACAUAUAGAUGAAACAGAUAUUCUGGAGAAAACUAAUAUAUAUGAUAAUAAUGAUAAUGAUAAUAAUAAUAAUAAUAAUAAUAAUAAUGAUAAUGAUAAUAAUGAUAAUAAUGAUAAUAAUAAUGAUAAUGAUAAUGAUAAUAAUAAUGAUAAUAAUGAUAAUAAUACGAAUGAUAUAACAAAAUAUAAUAAAAAUGGAAAAAACAUAAUAUCCCCCACACAAAAAAAUACUAAUACAAACACACACAUACAAUUUAAAGAGAACAAAGAAAAGAAAAUAAACACAUCAAAUAGUAUAUUGGAAAUUAAUAAAAGAAAUAUAGAUAUACAUGAAGAUGUAAAAAACGAUGAACAAAAGAAAAGAUAUGCCUGGCUAGAAGAAAAAUGUUUUACAAGAAAAAAAAAAAAAAGAAAAUAUAGGGGAAAAAAAAACACAAUGAAUAUGAAAAAUAAUGCAUAUUUAAAUAAAAGAAGAAAGAGAAAUGUUUUAAAAGAUGAUGAUAAUUAUAAUGAUAAUAAUGAUAAUAAUAAUAAUAAUAAUAAUAAUAAUAAUAAUCAAAAUAAUUAUUGUCUUCAUAAUAAAGGUUGUAUAUCUUCUUUAUAUAAUACAUGUGAUUCUCAUGAAAAUGAUAAGGAACGGGAUAGAAAAAAAAAGUUAAAAACCGAAAUUAAUAAUAUUUUAGAAGAAUUAUAUAAAAAAAAAUUUCCCAGAAAUAAAAUGAAAAUAAAUUUAUACCACGAAGCUUAUCACUCUAUAUCAAUGCAACAAAGAAACAGAUUCGAUGGAAGUUUAUCUAACAUGAAUAUUGUUUCUUUGAGUGUUCAUGUAAAUAACGAAAUAAAUAGAUCAACUAAUGAGACUAAUAUAAACAAUGAAUAUGUAUAUACAAAUAUAAUGAAUGAAAUCACUCGAGAUAUGUUUAACUAUUGGGAUAGUAUAACUUAUUUAGAAAAUAUAUUCAGUAUUAUCACUUCAGAUAAUACCUUGAGUACAGAUAAUUUUAAUAGGAAUAAUAAUAACCAAGAUGUCGAGGAAAAUAAAAUACUUGGAAAGAUUGAAACGGUGUCCCAGGAAUUAUAUAACAAUUACAAUGUCGAUGAUAUUCAAUUAGGUAAUUACAUAGAUACAUUAUUGGUAGACAAUAAUAAUAAAAUUAAUAACAAUAUGUUAGCUUCGAGCUAUGCAACUUCUAUUAGCGGUAACAAUACAUCUAAUUUAGGAAUACAUAUGAAUCAUAUUACAUCAUAUGAUGAUAGUUCUAUUAUAGUGGAUAGUCCAAUCACUAAAAAUAAUUCUCUAUAUAUUAAUAAUUUUUAUGAUUCUGUUUAUAAUUAUCCUAGAAAUAAUAUCAUUACAAAGAACAUAAACCAUUCCAGUGAUAAUAAUAUGUGCAUACUACAAAAUAACAGAACAAGUUACCACAAUUCAUCAAGCUACUACAGUGAUAUAUCUGACUGGAAUAAUAAUCAGAUACCUAAAAAUAAAGUACCCAAAAAGGGAUAUAAACAUUAUUCUGAUGAAUCUGACGUAGGAAAUAAAAAAUAUAAUAAAGUAGAAAAACAAAAACAAAAUAAAAUAAAAAAUAAAAAAGUAAAAAAAGAAGAAGAAAGAAAAUAUAUUGAUACUGAACAAAAUAUAAGUGAUAAAGAAAAACCAUGUAAUGAUAUAAAAAAAAAGAUGUCUUCGUAUUAUAAAAAUGGAAAUGAUAUGAAAUCUUAUGAACAGUAUAGGAUGGGCAAAAAAAAGAAACAACAAAAUAAAGGCUGUUCUUAUAAAAAGGAUAACACUAAUAAUGGUGGUAAUAGUAGUAGUAAUGAUAACAAUAAUGAUAAAAUAGGGAACGAUGUAAAUCAUAAUAUUAUGGGAUUCUUUGAAAAAUCCUCUGGUAGUAAUGAAGACAUUUUAAAUAUGAAGAAGGAAAACGAAAAAGAAAAGGAUAAAAAUAAAAAAUCAAAUACUCUAGAAUAUUCUAAUAUGAAUAUAGAAAAGAAUAGUUUAAAAAGAAAUAUAAAGAAUAAAGAAGAAGAAAAUCAUGAUAUGCCAGGUACAUAUAAAAUAUAUUUUGACAAGUCUACUAAUAAAAAUGAUCAACAUAAAGAAUAUAUAAUACAUGAUACAGAUGAUCUAGUAUAUAAAAUCAAUAUAGACGAUAUAGAUCAAAAUGAUAUGAAUGAAAUAAUAGCUUUUAAUAAAGAAUAUUUAUUUAAUAAGGGAGAACUUUCAAAUUUUACAUAUGACCCUUAUUCAAAUAAUUUUGAGACUGAUGAAUCAGAUAGUAGUAAAUUAUCUAAAGAAAGCUAUGAAUCGAGUUCAUCUUAUGAAAAUCAGUUUUAUGAUAGUUUUUAUAAUGAUAUUCAAUACGAGGACAGAAAAAAACAUUCAAACAUUUAUGUAUUUAAGGAAAGAAAAAAAAUAAAAAAUUAUGUAGAAAAAAUUCAAGAUCCUUUAUGGGUACCCAAAGGAACGUGCAAGAGGUUUUUGGGGCAUUCUAAUACUGCAUGUGAAAUGAAUGAAAUAGCAUUUUGGAAUAAUGAUGUUAUAUUGGCUGUUUCUGAUAAUGGAGAGGUUUAUUUUUGGAGUAUAAAAGAUGGAAAACUAUUAAAUGUUAUAAGGAGUCAUUCACAUAACGUAAACUCUACAUGUGGUCUUGAAAAUUAUAUAAAAAUAUGGAAACCCCAGGACACUGCUGAAUUUGUUUUUGACAAAAAUGUUGAAAAAAUGUUGUCUAAAAACCAAAAACAUAUAGAAUCGUCAUACACGCAGUACUAUAAUUAUAUUAAUUUUUCACCCAGCAAAGAAUUAUAUGAAUUAUAUUCACAGAAAUUAAGAAAACUCUGA